CUCCUCUUGCUCCUUUCUGUCAUCUCUGUCUCCCUGCCGAAUUAUGCUUGGCUCACUGAUGCUAAAGCUCGGUGGCCUCUCUCCCGUCCUGCUCUUGGUGAGCUGCAUCGCAUACCCGCUAAAACCAGCCAUGGCAGGGUGUGAGGCCAAGAGCUGUGGCCGCGUCACAAACAUUAGCCAUCCCUUCUGGCUCCGUGACCCACGGCAACCUCCCUGUGGUGGACUUUCUUCGUUUGAGCUCUCCUGCGAGGAUGGUCUUCCCAUUCUGGUGAGUUCUUACAACAGUUCCUACUACCUUCACGACAUCUUCUACGGGAACAAAUCCUUUUGGGUUAGGAACAAAAAUUUCAACGAUGAAGGCUGCGCUAUUCCCAAUUACGACAUACGGGUGGACCUCCCCGGUUUCUUCAGAGUUAGCGCGGUGGACACAGAGCUCCGCUUCUUCUACAAUUGCUGGGCGCCGCCGACCAUUUAUACCACAAGAAUAGACUGUGCUCCUAACGCCACCUUUGCGCUUGUCGGUGGACGUUAUGGUGACAACUCGACGUCACCGCCGUCACCACCGAACCGAUGCAACACGUCGAGGGCACCGGUUUUGUUGCGAGACGGAGGAAGAGAAAGGAGUAGCACAGAAGACAUCAAGCGUCUCUUGAAGAAUGGAUUUCUGGUGGAGUGGGGAGAAAUCGAUGCUUGCUGGGAAUGCAGUCUUAGCAACGGACGGUGCAGUCAUGACGAUGCAUCGGCGUCAUUCGUGUGUAUCUGCCCGGACGGACGGCACAGUCCCAGGAAUUGCAGAUCUAAGAGCAACAAGCGGACUAUGACUGCAGGAGCAGCUUGCGUGGGCGUGGCAGGCUUGGUCGUGGUAAGCCUCCUCGGACUUCUCUUCUUCCGUCGCGAGAUGUGGAAACGGCUGAUCUCUUCAGUUCCGCUACAUCGGACCGCCUCUUCUGGGUCAACUUCCGAGCAAGAUCCAGAGUUCGGCGGCGAACGAUUCGUCACCCAGGUCUUUAAGUACGAGGAGCUGCAGAAGGCCACGGGUGGCUUCAGUUCCUCCAAUCAACUUGGCGAUGGUGGCUUCGGCACCGUUUACAAAGGAAAUCUUCGUGAUGGUCGCACGGUGGCCAUCAAGCGACUGUACGAGCACAACUGCAGGCGAGUGGAGCAGUUCAUGACGGAGGUCCGCAUACUCUCCUCCCUCCGACACCCAAACCUCGUUACCUUGUACGGCUGCACCUCCCGUCGCAGCCGAGAGCUCCUCCUCGUGUACGAGUACGUGCCCAACGGCACUGUUGCAGACCACCUCCACGGCCCCCAUCCAAAGCUCUGUCUGCUCAUUUGUCGACGCUUCCACGGUGCAGGAAAUCUUCGUGAUGGUCGCACGGUGGCCAUCAAGCGACUGUACGAGCACAACUGCAGGCGAGUGGAGCAGUUCAUGACGGAGGUCCGCAUACUCUCCUCCCUCCGACACCCAAACCUCGUUACCUUGUACGGCUGCACCUCCCGUCGCAGCCGAGAGCUCCUCCUCGUGUACGAGUACGUGCCCAACGGCACUGUUGCAGACCACCUCCACGGUCCCCGUGCAGGCGAGGCAGGCCUCCCGUGGGCCACGAGGAUGAGCAUCGCGAUCGAGACGGCUGAUGCGCUCAGCUAUCUCCACGCCGUCACGCCCCAAAUCAUACACCGGGAUGUCAAGACCAACAACAUCUUGCUCGACAACAGCUUCCACGUCAAAGUCGCCGACUUCGGACUCUCCCGGCUCUUCCCCGUCAACGCCACCCACGUAUCUACCGCGCCACAGGGCACGCCCGGCUACGUCGACCCCGAGUACCAUCGGUGCUACCAGCUCACCGACAAGAGCGACGUCUACAGCUUCGGGGUGGUGUUGGUGGAGAUCAUAGCGUCGAAGCCGGCCGUCGACAUCAGCAGGCGGCGGCACGAGAUCAAUCUCGCUGACAUGGCCAUCGCCAAGAUCCAAAACGACGAGCUGGAUCAGCUGGUCGAUCCGAAUCUGUGGUGUCAGUCGAACUGCGAGAUGAUAAGACAGGUGGCCGAAGUAGCGUUCAGCUGCUUGCAAGCGGACGGCGACAUGCGGCCUACCAUGAAAGAGGUUGUCGAGGCACUGCGAGGGAUAGAGGACGCUAAGGGCGUGGAAGCUGAUGCCAUGGUGGAGGAAGACGACUACUUGCUGAAGGAACGGCCGGCAUAUCCAAUAAUAAUUCUCAGUCAAAGUAGGUCAACUACAUCAUUAUCCAAUAAUAAUUCUCAGUCAAAGUAGGAUCGAGAAUCAUCUUAUCAAGUAAAGAUCCGUCCGUGGCCUGUGCUAAACGUACUCCUCCUCGGCUGUACCUGCAAGCAGGAAAAUACAUUAAUAUCCUACAUAUCAUAAUAAU